CGUUUACGUACUGGGAACAAAAUCUCGCGAGAACACGCGCAUGCCUUGAAAUACCGGCGACACUGAGCGGGGGAUUUCGCGGGAAUAGUUUCCUUCGCUCCCUGAUGGGGAGACUACAAUCUAAACCUUAAAAUAAAGUAUAACUUCAUUACUGAAUCGAGGCGGACAACAGCCGGAUAUUGAUUUCCCCGCCUCCUAAGGGCAGUCAUGUUCUCCGACCUGAGCGCCCAGAAGGAGGGCUCCUCUCUGCUCUGCCGCCCAGCCUCCGAGGUCCAGGGGCCGGUGUUCGAGAGGAUGCCCCCGACCUACAGUCCCUGCUCCGAGCGCUACACUUUUAAGGAGAGAAGCUUCAGUCGCCAGUAUGCUCAUAUUUACGCAGCGCGACUCAUGCAGAUGAGGCCCCUGCUGUCGGAGAGAGCCCAGCAGAAGUGGGGUUCGGAUGUGCUUAUCAGGAAGCUGUGUGAUCUGCAGACGGCGGAGCAGUGUUGCAUUGUGGGCACCUUCUUCAAGCGCAUGGACCUGCAGCCAUCGAUCCUGAAAGAGAUCAGCGAGGAGCACAACCUGCUGCCCCAGCCUGCGCGAGCCAAGUUCAUCAGUGAAACAGAUGAGCUGAUCUUGGAGGACGAGCUCCAGAGGAUCAAACUAGAGGGGAAAAUUGACAGAGACAAGUGUGUCACAGGUAGUAUUAUUGCAAUAUACGGAGCUGAGCGUAACGAUGGAAAGUUCACAGUUGAGGACUUUUGCACAGCUGAUCUCCCUUUGCAGACAGCAAGACCUGCACUCAGCUCAGACAGGUUUGUGCUCCUGGCCUCAGGACUGGGCCUCGGCAGUAUUCAUGCUGACAGUAUGCUGGGGCUACAGUUGCUAGUUGACAUGGUUACCGGUCAGCUCGGUGACCAGGGGGAGCAGAGCGGUGCAGCAACAAUCUCCAGGGUCCUACUGGCUGGAAACCUCCUGAGCCCAAGCACACAGGACAAGGACGCAUCAACUAAGGCCAAAUACCUCACCAAGAAGACUCAGGCCGGCAGUGUGGAGGCCAUUCGUCUGCUGGAUGAGCUGCUGCUUCAGCUGGCGGCCUCUGUUUCAGUGGAUGUAAUGCCGGGCCAAUAUGACCCCACCAACUACACCCUCCCGCAGCAGCCUCUCCACCGCUGCAUGUUUCCGCUGUCCUCAGUGUAUCCCACACUUCAGCUGGUGUCCAAUCCAUACCAAGCAAACGUUGAUGGUGUGAGGUUCCUGGGCACAUCGGGUCAGAAUGUCAGUGACAUUCAAAGGUACAGCAGCAUGGACAGUCACUUGGAAAUACUGGAGGAAACGCUCCGACUCAGACAUCUGGCCCCUACGGCACCUGAUACUCUUGGUUGUUACCCAUUUUACCAAAAAGACCCUUUCAUCUUGGAGGAGUGUCCCCAUGUUUACUUCAGUGGCAACGCUCCAACUUUUGAGUCCAAGCUCAUCAAAGGUGCUGAUGGCCAGGAAGUCCUUUUGGUUACUGUCCCAGAGUUCAGCAGCACCCAAACGGCGUGCCUGGUCAACCUACGCACUCUUGAAUGUGAGCCCGUCAGGUUCUCUGCCUUCUCCGCUGACGAUGACGAGGAAAGUGAGAUGAACAUCAGUCACUGAGGGUCCAUAUCCACACACAGUACAGCACACAGAGACUGAGAUUUUCAGACGCUACUCAUGCAUAUUCAGACCCCAUUUUCUUGACAAGAGGCUAGUCAAUUGCACAUGGGGCCAAUAAGGAUAAUCCUUGCUAAACUGUGCGUCCAGUAUCAUAAAGGUCAACGGAUUGCUGUUAAAAUCGUCUUAAAAGAUUGCGGUUAAUGUUUCCUUUUAAGGUGAGUUUUUUCAUUAGUGUGUCAGAGAUAAACAGCACAGAUAUACCAGUAUACUACUCCUAAGCAUGAACCAGUGUUCAUAAAUGUGGUGAAACAGGAGAACACACAAGUUUUGUAUUAAGCCUUUAUUUGAAAAAUAACUCUUCAACCCCAUCUGUAUCUGAGGACACAUGACAGAGGACUCUUUCCCUCCUCCCUGACCCUCUUAACCUUCAGUGAGUGUUCAUACUGUAAAAAUGGAGGAAGAUGGUGUAAAUAAUUUCACUCUGAUGCAAUAAAAAAAAUGUCAUGA